GGUCAUACAUUCACAGCCACCAGCCAAGCAACCAAAACAGAACUCCCAACUUUUGACCUUUUAAUUAAUUAAACUCGCCGGAUCCCGCCGGCCGUGAAUGAAUAUUCCCUUAUAAACGCAACCCCCAUUAAUUCUCAUGCUCCAUGUUUUCAAUUCUCCUCAACCUUCCCCAUUUCCUCAGUUCUUGCCCAUCUCAUCAACCAAACUAGUUUAAAUACCUAACCACACUCUCCAAACUCUCAAACUUUGCAUCUAAAUCAUUGUAUUUCGUCAUAGUUAGUGUGUGUGUGUGUGUAUAUAUAUAUAUAUAUAUAUAUGAUGUUUCUGGGUUUAUUCUUCGCCAUCGUUUCUUCUUUAAUAAUUCUUAGGUUCUUGCUCAAAACCUCUAUACUUGGCAUUUUCUCGAAAUGGUGGCGAUGUUUCGAAGAUUGCUUUCACGUUUACCAGUCUUACAAAAUCCCACAGUACAACGAGUACUACCAAGAAAACCAGCUCUACCGCAAGGUUUCUCUUUACCUUAAUUCCUUAGCCUCCCUUGACGAUCCCGAUCUUACGAACCUCAACCUACUCUCCGGUUCCAAGCCCAGCGAAAUUUUUCUCCACUUUGAUUCCAACCAGAUCGUCUAUGACAAGUUUUUUAGUGCCAGAGUUUCGUGGACGAACGGAUCGGAACGAGACGAUGGAGGAAGCAGCAGCAGUACUAGAUCGUACGUGCUAAAGAUAAGGAGAAACGACAAGCGUAGAGUCUUGAGACAGUACCUGCAGCAUAUCCUCUCGGUCACGGACGAGAUCGAGCAGAGAAAGAAGGAAACUAGAUUGUACAUGAAUUUGGAGCGAGGAAAUGCGCGGUGGAGAUCGAUCCCUUUCACGCACCCGGCGAGCUUUGACACGGUGGUGAUGGACGCCGACUUGAAAAACAAGGUGAGGUCCGAUCUCGAGCAGUUCCUCAAGUCUAAACAGUAUUACCACAGAUUGGGCCGCGUCUGGAAACGGAGUUAUUUGCUGUACGGUCCUACCGGCACCGGAAAAACCAGCUUCGUCGCGGCAAUGUCGAGGCUCCUUUGUUACGACGUGUACGAUAUUGACAUGUCCAAGGUCUCGGACGACUCAGAACUGAAGACGCUCUUGUUGCAAACUACGAGCAAGUCGCUGAUCGUGAUCGAGGAUCUCGAUCGGUUUUUCGACGGGAAAGGUUCGAGUACGACGGCAGUGAGCAUGUCGGGGAUGCUAAAUUUCAUGGACGGAAUUGUAUCGUGCUGCGGCGAAGAGCGUGUGAUGGUAUUCACUGUGAACGGGAAGGACGUAGGUGAUCGGACGGCGAUCACGAGGCCCGGGAGGAUCGACGUACACAUCGAAUUCCCCUCCUGUGAUUGCUUCUCUGCGUUUAAGAGUUUGGCGAGUUCCUACUUGGGAGUGAAGGAUCACAAGCUGUUCCCUCAGGUGGAGGAGAUCUUUCAAACCGGCGCGAGUCUGAGUCACGCCGAGAUCGGCGAGAUCAUGAUUUCGAACCGGAAUUCGCCGACGCGGGCAUUGAAAUCGGUCAUCACGGCGCUGCAAACCAACGGUACGACUUCUAAUGGUACGGUCGUUCCGGGUUUGAGUGGGAGUGGGUCGGGUCGAUCCGGGGAUGAGGCGGUUGAACCGGCAGGGGUAUUCUGUCGGGAAAGCAUUCACACGGUGAGAGAGUUUCGGAAACUGUACGGACUGUUGAAGAUGGGAAGCAGAAGAAAGGAGUCAUUGGAUAUGAGUUCGGGCGAGAAGGAAGGCUCGCGACACGACGUUUAACCCACCUAUUAACCCGUGAUUAAUUAAUUGGACGAUUGUUUUGUUUUUCGUUUUUGUUUAAGCAAACAUGUAAAACGGAUUAAUGAAUUGUAUGUAAUUAGAGAAGUAAUUUACUCAUAAAAGAAUUCCAUGAAAGUGAAUUUAUAAAUUGAUA